CUGGGUGCCACCAGGAAGUGGAGAGCAGGCCGGGCGAAGGGGGCAAAAGAAUGGAGACCGGGGCAUACGGGGCGGCUGGGGCCGGGGGCAGCUUUAAUCUGAAGCAGUUCCUAAUGCGGCCGGAGAGCAUCCUGAGGGUCGCCUCUGCGAUAUUUGCCCUCAUUGUCUUCGCCUGCAUUCUGACCGAUGGCUACCCGAGUGACACCGAAGGCCGAGUGUUCUGCAUCUUCAAUCACAACAGCGACGCCUGCCACUACGGGGUGGGCAUCGGCACCAUCGCCUUCCUGGGGUCGCUGCUGUUCCUGGGUCUCGAUGCUUACUUCCCGACCAUCAGCAACGUCGCCCAGCGCAGGCACAUAGUGCUGGCGGACCUGGGCUUCUCCGCUCUGUGGAGUUUCCUUUGGUUCGUGGGCUUCUGCUUUCUGGCCAAUCAGUGGGCGAGCACCAACUUGUCCGAUAUCCACAUCGGCCAGGAUAACGCCCGCGCCGCCAUCGCCUUCAGCUUCUUCUCCAUCCUCUCCUGGAUCCCACUUGCUUUUAUGGCCUAUAAGAGAUACAAGCUGGGAGUGGAUGAUUUCAACCCAAACUACGUGGACCCUUCGCUAGACACCACGUCUCCGUAUCCUCCCUACCCCGACGCGGUCGGCGACAACUACCAGCGCCCGCCUUUCACCAACCAAGCAGACACGGGAGACGGGUACAAACCCCCUCUGUAUUAAGCCAUACGAGCGCGCGGGGAAACAGACUAGCCGAUCACCCGUGUGAUCCAGCCCGGGCGUCCGGCCGCGGCUCCCCGCUUCCUCUUAUCCGCAGGAGACUGUCCCAAUUGUCCUGCGCGGCCGCCACCUCUCGCCGGACGCAGCUUUUCCUAAUGUUUUGUGCCAACUCCCUCUGCUGAAAGGCAGCCGAUUGAUUGCCAGGAGACUUUGCCGGUGUUGGGAUUUCGUUACUAUACCCGAGAACCAUCAUUUUUUUCUCUCAAUGGGCAUCUUUGGCAGUGGAUUUUAGCUCCACCCAUUCCCUGCCCUCUCACAGGCCACACCCACUCUAUAGUGCUCCACGAGUUCACCGACGCGCUCUGUUGUCGGGUAUAUUCGUGACUCGCUCUGC